UUGCCAGGAAUACCAAAGACACAGAAGGAACCACCACAAUACGAAAAUGGUAGGGUUCUUCGGCACCUCUGCUGCUUAUGUUCAUUGUCAUUUGCAGCUCAGAAAUGGAUCAGUUCACAGUGAACUGAUUAGACCAAACCACUACAGACCAAGAAGUGUGAUCAGGUGCUGCAGCACAGCGAGGGGAAGGACCAGGGACUACUACUACCAGGUGCUUGGGGUCACAGUUCAUUCCACACCUCAGGAGAUAAAGGAGGCUUACAGGAAACUUCAGAAGCAACACCAUCCUGACAUUGCUGGCUACAAGAGUCAUGACUACACCCUGUUGCUGAACGAAGCGUACAAUGUGUUGAUGAGGAACCUUUCCAGGCAUGUUGAUGGCAAGAGUAGAGCCGGCACUGGAAGCGGUUACACUGGGGAUGGGUAUAGCUCCUGGAAUGGACCUGUGAGAAGCCAAGCUCUCUUUGUAGAUGAGAACAAGUGCAUAGGAUGCAGGGAGUGCGUGCAUCAUGCUGCCAGGACAUUUUCCAUGGACGACGUUCUUGGCAGUGCGCAUGUGGAUAUCCAGUUUGGAGACCUGGAGCAGCAGAUUCAGCUGGCUGUGGAGUCCUGCCCCGUGAACUGCAUCCACUGGGUUGAGAGCCAGGAGCUGCCGGUGCUGGAGUUCCUGUCCCGUCCGCAGCCAAAGGAAGGCCAUGGUAUCUUCGGUGGAGGGUGGGAACGGCCUAGGAACGUGUUCGCAGCAGCCAAGAACUUUGCCAAGAGACUCGAAAGGGAGGAACAGGAACUGGAACGGGAGCAAUCCUCCAGAAGCCACGGUGGGCAUGCAGAUUGCGAAGCUGAAACGGAGGCGCAGGCCGAGGCAAGGCACCGCGCAGGGGAGGAACUCAGAUGGAAACCUCUGGUUGAUAUUUGGAAUGGAUUCAGAGGCUGGAGGAAAGGCGGAACAGAUCGGUGAAUUGGUAGUUCGUUGUUGACUACUUGACUUGUGGUUGGUUAUUGAUCCUAGCUGCAACCAGAAACCAUGGCCAACAUUUGCAACUACAGAAAAGAUUAUUAAAAGUAUAAAUAAUGGUAAAUGAGUACACGAUGUUUCUUGGCAUCA